AAAAUUUAUGGGUUUUUAGUCUUCUAAUGGCCCAGCUUUUACAUAUCAUACACAUAUUAUACAUCCAACACUUCAGCUUCUUCUCCUCUCUCACAAAAUGCCCAAAUGUGACAGAUUUGAGGUAAAGUGUUUGAGAUAUUUUACUUUAUUUGGUACAACUUGUGAAGUAGAACUUUGCCCUGCUAAACUAUGCAGCACAUAUGCAGCUAGCCAGCUAACAAACUGCAUAAACAAUAACAAGAAUCUUCACCCAAGGCUUGCUUGUAUUACCUUAAGAUCUUUAUAAAUGUUUUAUCACCAUAGCUGCAAUUUACAUAAAUAGAAAAAAUACAUUACCGACUAAUAAACACAUCUAAGCGUCUCGCGUGGAGAGAAUGAGAUCCGCCUCUUUUCUUAUUACUAACUUUAUUUGAAGUAGUUGUGAUUUUGCACAGAAAUGUUUUAAAUGUAAGCAAGAUAGCAGAUGCGGGGUGUUAGUAAAAUGUUUUUAUGAGAAGGGGACACAGCAUAUAUCGGUUUUAGUUUAUCAAAAUUUAAGAGUCAGACAGUAACGAUAUAUCAGAUAUCGGUAAAAAAAAGCCGAUAUCGAGCAUCCGUAGUUUAGAGUAAAAAUCAUAGUACCACUUUACAAAAAGGCUCACCUUAUAAAUGACUAGCUAGCAGUUUAUAGAUACUUUAACACUAAUCAUCAGUACGUGUUUGUUUAAGCAUUAUUUAAAGGCAAAACGGAUCAGUUUCUUGCCAAAUAGUGAGCGAAAUCUGUUCUUUUUUAUACAAACGUUCAUUAUUCUUAUAAAUGUUUCAUUUAUAGUUUACUUUUAUAGAGCAACAUAUUUGGCUCACUAUUUGGCAAGAAACUGGUCUUUCUAGUCUCUUUCUUGCCCUUAAUUAAUGCAAAUUAAACAUUUAUUAAUACCACAUCUAUAAAUGCAUUAUCGGUUAUUUAGAAGAGGAGUCUUACCUUCUCAUUUUUAAGGAACUUUGAGCUGGUUUCUUUUAAAGGUUAACUUGAACAGCACUUCAUGCAAAUGUUUCUCACAAGACCAGAUCAUGUAAACAAAACAGGGAGGAUUUAUCAUCAGACCUUUUGCAUUAAGAGCAGUUCUCAUUUCCAGCAAAUGCAAAAAUAUUCUCGGAGUUCCAGCAAGCAAUAAAAUAUUACAACAGUUUUGCAUAAAUGACGAGCUUCUGCAGCAUUUAUAUAUCUGCAGUCACAGACAGGAGGAGAACAUCCAAAGUGCUAAGAUGGAGACAGUUCUUUUGUACCUCAUCACUGCAUCAGGUAAAGUCUUUCAUUUACAGAUUUACAAUUGUUAUAUCUACUGGUCAGGAGCGCCCAGUCCUGGUCCUGAGGGCUGUUUUAGUUUGAACCCUGCUUCAACACACCUGACUUCGAUCAGCAGGUGAUUAACACGCUUCUUGAUGAGCUGCUGCACAGGUGAUUCCACCACUGAAUCAAGUGUGUUGAAAAACCACUAAAACAUGCUGGAUACCAGUCCUCCCGGACCAGGAUUGCUAUACGUCACCCAUGGGAUGCGUAACUCUCAAAUACCUUCAGCACUCCGUACUUGAAUGCCUUGCUACUGAUAUGCAGUACUCAGUAUGUGUCCAACACCUGGGCCAUACCAGACUUACAUAGUAUGUCUGUGGCCCUUACAGUAUGCUGCAUAGUUCUGGAAUCCAAGUAUUUAAUUUUUAAUGUAUGUUUUUUUUACUGGUAGAAGGUUAAAAUACUAGCUUACUGCCUAUGUCUAAUACUAGCUUACUGCCUAUGUGUAAUACUAGCUUACUGCCUGUGUGUAAUACUAGCUUACUGCCUAUGUGUAAUACUAGCUUACUGCCUAUGUGUGUAUACAUGUACCUUUGUUAUUAGUUUCAUAAAUUAUUCUCUUUAUUAUUGGUGCUGCUGUAACAAGUGGAUUUCCCCACUGUGGGACUGAUAAAGUCUAUUCUAUUCUAUACACAAAAGCUUUUCUUUCAUUUGUGUCAUUUUCAAGAGGAAACAUCUCAAAGGUGUUUGUGUUUGUCUGCAGCUUUGUGCUCGGUAUCAUCUCUUCCUGCACGUAAAUAUCAUUUUGUUUAUGAGGUGAAGACCUGGCCUGAAGCUCAGAGAUACUGCAGAGACAUGUACACAGACCUGAUGACCAUAGAGAGCAUGGAGGACGUGAGGAUCCUGAACAACAUGGCAGAUUUAGGUCAAAUGAUCUACACAGAAUACAGCUAUGUAUGUCUUGUUUUCUUUUUUUUUUAUGAUCAUACACUCCUUGUACAAGUAUUUGAAGGUGUGGCACAGUAAAGAACCAUUUUUGAUAAAUAUUUCUGGUUAUAACGGGUUACUCUGAGUUUUUCAUGCAGGCUGAACAUGAAAAUAGUCUCCUACACCUGUCUCCUGCAUUAGCUUCUGAAAUGGUGAAACUCUAGGAUUAGAAAAUCCUGACAGAUCUACGUCACACUGUCACCGAACAUUCAUGGACUCACCCAUCUUGGCUCACAACAGGGAAGGCUGUUGUUCGUUCAGCAUCCAGGAAACAGUGGUGAACAUCCCAGCUAGCAGAAGUUAACUGUUAGCAUUAGCAACUCCAUAUCUGAGUUUGCAAAACCAUCUGUAGAUUUAAACAAUGUUUGUUUACAGCUGGGAUAACAGACUAGUGGGUGGAGUUUAGAUAGUUAAGAUAAAUGUCUUAAACCAUUUUGCAGUUACAAAUAGUUAUCUUUCUGUUUCCAGCGAGCCUGGAUUGGAUUAUAUGAUGAUGUGAACAGCUGGAGGUGGUCCAUGUCAGACCCAAACUUCUACCAACCCAGUGAGAUGGAGUAUAGAAACUGGUUAUCUGGACAACCAAACAAUCUUGCUGGAAAAGAGAGCUGUGGAGCAAUGAAUAGUGUUGGAUCCUGGGAUGAUCUGCCUUGUUCUCAAAAGCUAAACCCAAUCUGCUUUGAUGUCAGCGGGCUGAAUGCAACAUUUGUCUACAGCGACACCAUCAUGAACUGGACAGAUGCUCAGAGCUACUGCAGACAGAAACACAAAGACUUGUCCAGUGUGAGGAACCUUUCAGAGAACCAGAAGGUGAUGAAGAUGAUCCCAUCAGGAAAAAACGUCUGGAUCGGCAUUUACAGAGACACCUGGAAGUGGUCGGAUGGAAGCAACUCCUCGUUUAGGUUCUGGAGUCUAAAAUCUACCGAACCCAAUAACGUAUACAAUGAGACAAAAGCAGCAGCAAACUUUGAUGCCUCUGGAGGAUGGGAGGACUGGAAUGUUGACACAAAGAAAGCCUUCAUUUGCUACAGCUGUGAGUUUCCAUUCUUUAGUUCUGACCAUCGACGUAUAUACUGGACAAUUCAUUUCCAUAGGCUCCAAUAACAAGUUUUUGGGCUAAAAUGGGAGGUUGGCCACCACCGCCAUUUUGACCGUGUCACAGGUUCCGUCCAGCCCAGACAAUUCCAUAAAAGGGAAGAGAGGAGGAGGUGAGGGUGGGGCUGUAAGGCUGGGAUCAACUGAUGACACCCGGUCGAACUAGCUACAAGCUAACAUGAAGUUAACCCUGGCUAACCCAAAGCUAACGCGGAGGUGGGAGCCGAGCUAACGAAUGUAGCCACCUAGCUACAACCGGAGCUAACUCUGUGGAACACCCAUCGACCACAUGGAGUUCAGGUGGAGGUUUGCGGCGAUUUUUCAUGAGACGUACCUUUCUGUGAAUAAAAAAUAUUAAAUCGAUAAGUUUAUAAGUUAUUUCCAUAAUGAAAAUAUAUUUUGCUUUGAGAAAGUUUUCACUAUUUAUCACGUACCGUAUUUUCAGGACUAUUAAGUCGCUCCUGAGUCGCACCAGCCAUUAAAUGUAUAAUGAAGAAGAAAAAAACAUAUAUAAGUCGUAUUUUGGGGGGAAAUUUUAUUUUUCUCACAAAAUCUGAGACCAAGCGUUUCA